AUGAGUAUCUUCUCAUUCGGGGAUUUACCCACUAUUCAAACCCGUAAAGCAUUGCUAUUGCUAGACUUUCAAAAUGAUUUCGUUCGUCCCUCGGGUGCUUUACAUAUCCCCAAUACAGCCGAUAUCCUCGAGACCCUCCCACAAUUAGCAUCCGCUUUUCGUCAGGUCGGAGACGUAGUCUGGGUCCGAUCUCAGUAUGAUUCCCCCCAAUCUAUCAUAGAUUGGGACUUCGGCGACCGCAUUGUACUGGAGCGAGAACCGCCGCGCAGAAAGAAGAUUUCCCAUUCGGAUAUCAUUGAAGUCGGUUCGGAUCGUGAUACACCUGAGCCUAUCGAUCCGGAAGCUUUUCUCUCUGCAGAUCCGUCGCAUUGUUGUGUCCCACAAACAACGGGAUAUCAAUUCCCUGCACCUAUCCUUGCCGCCAUCAAUGCCCAGCAUGACACCGUGAUGGACAAGACGGGCUACUCUGCUUUGGAGUCACCAGGUCUUGUACUAUCUUUUCGAACGCGUUUCGUCACCGAGCUAUACCUCUGUGGAUCCCUAUCCAAUGUGUCCGUGUUUGCGACCGCUUUAGAUGCCGUCCGCAAUGGGUUCUCGGUAACUUUAGUGGAAGACUGCUUGGGAUUCCGGGAUUUUCAGCGCCACCAGGAAGCAAUGCGACGCAUGGCGGAUAUUCUUGGCGCAACUGGUAUCACCGCCCGGGAACUCAUUCAAGAGUUGGACUGGGAUGAGACUGAGGCAAUUGCUCGCCAGGGUGCACCACAGCCACAGCCAAAGAGGUCAGCAGCUACGGCUGGUCUCGAGACAAUAAUGGAUGGACUGGAAGUAUGGAACACAGGAGACACAUCUCCAACCGAAGAGCAGCAGGAUCCGGAUGAAUCCAGUGUAUCAGGGUUUGCUUCUAUAACUCGCGCGAAGCGCGCUGAGGCGCGAGGUCCAGUGGAAGAGAAGAAGCCGGUGCGCGCACGCGUCCGCCGUCCCAAACGCCGAGACCCCGCGCAACCCUCUACAGUUCGGCCUCGUGCUGAGACCGACCGAGAACCUGUACACCAGUCUGCGAAGAUCCCUACUUCUACUGCUGCUCCUGCUUCUGCUUCUGCUCCUGUCCCUCAAGCAACCAUUGGAGAGGGCGACUCUCGCGUCGUGCGUGAUGUCAAUCUCUCAGAGGAGUCUUUCGAGCGUAUCAAGGCAGAGGUAGACUGGCAAAAGAUGUACCAUCUAUCCGGCCAGGUUCCACGAUUGGUUGCAGUCCAAGGCCAAACUCAAUCUGAUGGCGCUAUACCGAUCUACCGCCACCCAGCAGAUGAGUCGCCGCCGUUUAAACCAUUUACACCUGCUGUGGAUGAAGUGCGCGUUGCUGUUGAGCAGAUACUGGGUCACCCGUUGAACCAUGUACUUAUUCAACUUUACCGUGACGGCCAAGAUCGCAUCUCGGAGCACUCAGACAAAACAUUGGAUAUUGUACGAGGAUCUUUCAUUUGCAAUGUCAGCCUAGGUGCCGAGCGUGUUAUGGUCCUUCGCACUAAGAUCUCGGCGUCUCAGUCUGGAGAAGGAACGGAACCAAGUCGGAUAUCGCAGCGCGUGCCUCUUCCACACAAGUCGCUUUUUGUCCUGGGCCCGCAAACAAAUAUGCGAUGGCUUCAUGGCAUCCGGGCUGACAAACGUCCUGAUACGACCAAAUCUGCCGAAGAGCAAGCUUUCGGCGGCCAGCGCAUCUCUCUUACUUUCCGGCAUAUUGGCACGUUCAUUGACCCAGUGGCUAACAUCAUCUGGGGCCAAGGUGCCGUCAGUAAGACAUUAGAUCAGGCCCGCGCAGUGGUCCAUGGGGACCCUACUGAAACCGAACGACUUAUUGGUGCAUUUGGCCAGGAAAACCGUGCCACUGAAUUCGACUGGGAUGCCGUAUACGGCGGAGGCUUUGAUGUGGUUAACUUUGUGACUGCAUCGACAGCACGGCUGAUCCUCAGUGGAGACCCCGUAGCUGAUCUGCGCGUGUGCAUCGGUCUAGGAGAAAAUGGUGUUCGGUACGAAGUGGUUGCUAACAAUGAGCUGGAUCAAUUUGAACAAUCAAAGCCACUAUACGAAGACAUUAAUGGAAUCACAGUCGCGGGCGACUCUGCUAUCCUUUCACAUCUGGCUCAGCGAUCCGUAGAGUCCACUCGGCCGGGUGUCGAGGCGUUGCGUGGUGGCAACUACUUGCCAGCAAUUGACAAGUUCCUGAUGCACUGGCGAGAACACCGAUGCUCUAACCAUGCUAGCUCGUUUGAGUUUGGGUUCGAUGAUUGGGAGCGUACCCUCCAAGGGCAAAAUUACCUAGGAGGUAAUGCGUUCACCAUUGAUGACUGUUCUCUUUGGCCGAUUCUGCGGGAAAUCCUCCACACACAAGGUGCAUUGGAUCCUCAAUACCCGAGUGUCAAUCAAUAUUACCACCGAGUUGAAAAUCGAGGAAUCAUUCGAUCUAUUUUGGAAAAGUGA